GACGCCACCAGCUCAAAAGUGCCCGCACAAUCCUUCCUUCCUUCCUUGCCCCCCAACCGCCACCGGGAAAGCGCGCUCCCGCCACCCCCGGCUGCAAUGCCGGAGAUUCUGGAAGCUCCGCCGCCCAGCCAGUAGCUCUCGCCUCCUCCUCUUCCUCCUGCCACACCGUCCGAGGAGUAAUUUCGCAGCUCUUCCGCAGCAAUGCCGCCUUCCUCCGCCACUCCUCCGCCGCCUCAGAGCCUGAAGCAGCGGGUGCUGAUCUGCCUCACGAAGCUCUCCGACCGCGACACUUACGCCCUCGCUGUGACCGAGCUCGACUCCAUCGCCCGCUCUCUGGAUCCUUCGUCAUUCCCCGUCUUCUUGUCCUGCAUCCAGUCCACCGACACUGCCGACAAGUCUCCCGUACGAAAGCAAUGCGUGAAUCUUCUGGCCACGCUGUCUCUCACUUACGGCAACACGCUUUCCCCGUACAUCGCCAAGAUGCUCACCACCGUCACGCGCCGCCUCCGUGAUCCCGACUCCGCCGUGAGAUCCGCUUGCGUCAACACCGCAUCUACUAUCGCAUCGCACGUCACUAAGCCCUCCUUUGAGUCUUUCGUGAAGGCAUUUGCUGAUGCCCUUUUCACAGAGCAGGAUGUGAAUGCUCAAAUGGGAGCUGCCCUAUGCUUGGCUUCUGCGAUUGAUUCAGCUCCCAAUCCUGAGCCAGCAAAACUGGGGAGGCUGCUGCCGAGAUUCGAGAAGUUGCUGAAGUCUGAUGGGUUUAAGGCUAAGGCAGGGGUUUUGACACUGAUCGGGAGCGUGGUUGGAGUCGGUGGGGCAGGGAGUGUUGGGGCAUUGAAGAAUUUGAUGCCCUGUGUAAUGGGGUUUCUGAUCUCUGAGGACUGGGCAGCAAGGAAAGCAGCUGCAGAGGUACUGUUGAAGUUGGCAGUGGUGGAGAGAGAUUUGUUGGCAGAGUACAAAACUGGGUGCAUGAAGGUCUUCGAGAAUCGAAGAUUUGAUAAGGUGAAAGUUGUUAGAGAGGUCAUGAAUCAAAUGCUGGAAGCCUGGAAGCAGGUUCCCGAUAUAUCAGAAGAGAUCUCCCCGCUGAAACAUUCGAUAUCUUCCUCAAAGGAAAACGCAAGUGAUGGAAAAUAUACAACAGGGGCAAGAAAUGUUUCUUCUGCUGGUGCUCAGAUGAGGAAGAAACAUCCAUCAGCAAGGUCAACUCCACCUGAUAGUUCGUAUACAACCCCUGCGAGGAAGAGAAGUCCACUAAUGAACAGUGAUAGAAACUCAGCUCCUGCAAGUAUCCGAAAGGUGGACCAAAAGAAGCCUUCAAAUUGGAAAGUUGAAAUCGCUGUUUCCAAUUGUUCCUUACCGAGAGGAACUGGUGAGGAUGAUCCUAGGGAGGGAAAUGAGAACAUUCCAGACAGAAGCAAUGGAGACAUAUACGGGGCUUCGAAGCCGGAAACAAGGAGAGCCCUGUUUAGUAAGAAUUCUGAUGAGAGGGUGCACAAGCUUGGGGGGUUCAGGUCUGGAUCUCGUGUGGCUCCUUGUAAUGAGGAGAGUUCCGAGUCUAACACUAUCCAAGAUCAUCACAGGAAUCACAAGGACAGCGAAGAUCUAUCUUCAAUCCGUAACCAGCUGGUGCAGAUUGAGAAGCAACAGUCAAGCCUACUAGAUCUCCUGCAGAAAUUCAUGGGGAGCUCCCAAAGCGGAUUGCGUUCUCUGGAGACCCGUGUGCACGGUUUAGAGUUGGCACUGGAUGAGAUCUCGUAUGACCUGGCAGUAACGAGUGGAAGGAUGACUCAGACCGACUCCUCUGCGACCACUUGUUGCAUGCUUCCAUCGGAUUUUUUGAGUUCCCGGUUCUGGAGGAAACACAAUACGCAGAGUCUGAGUUCGAGGCUUACUGCUUCUACCCGAACUCCAGCAGCAGCUGGGAUGCGUUUCAGAGCAGACAGAAGUGAUGCUGAACUUUAUGGAUUGGAGAAUUGUAGGUUUCAGCAUCGGGGUGGUGCUGGGUUUAUCGUGAAUCCGUUGGCAAAGAUUCACAGUGACUCGAGGACAAUCUCAGACACAGCAUAGUAGCCAACACAAACAGCUGAUGCAGUAUGUCCGAUUCCCAAAUUCUGAAGGUGGCUAUUCACUCCUCAUCUCUUAUACCGAGAAUUGCCACAAGAGAGAACAACCGAUUCAGAGUGUGAACUCUAAAUAUGCUGAUUCGAUCCUCCAAUCGCAUGGAUUUAGCAUGCCAUAGCAGGCAGUUCUCCUCUCGGGUUGCUCAUGAGGGUAGCGUCCUCUCUCUCUAUCUCUCGAUCUGAAUCGAUACCGAAGGAGCGCCUUAGGAAGCUUCUCUUAUAUCUUGCUAGCUAUAAAUGAUAUUACACCCAGAGGGAGGGGUAAAAGCAAAAAGGUGAGGCUAGUAAUGAAUUUGGGCAAUAUAUCUACAGCAUGGAGGUUGAGAUCGACCGAGAUGCAUCGUUAGAUAGUUUACCUUUUCGACCAAUUAGCCCGAGUAAUCGGUCAGCAUGUAAGGUCUCCUCAUAUCAUUGUGUCUUCUGUGUGGAGUAAAUCAUGAUUAUGUGCUGUGCAUCUUUCUGUGCAUUAUAAGUUAAGAAAUCUCUCUUGCUAGUCGCUACUCAUAUAAUGAAAGGGGCAGGGCCUCUGUGGCGCGUCUCUAUUGAUUGUUCCAACGCAUAGACUUUGCAUGCGAUAGCAACUCAGUUUAGAUGUGUAUAAUUAUCGGUUUGGUGUGAGAAAAAUCCAUCAUUGUCGCGCAUGUACAUGUGCGUCUGUCACGAUUUCUUUCGA